GACGUAUAGCUGAGCGAGCUGGCACAGCUCCUCGUGGACCAGUCAGCGGAGCGAAAUUGAAGCUGACAAGACUUUUCUGGCAUUUUGGAAAGGACUGUAAUCUACUGUAGGGGAGAACAGAGCCGCUCAAUCACCGCCGCUGUAAAUAGGAGACGGAAGGGAGCGAGAAAGGAGGCGAAGAGAAAAAGUGCUUGCUGGGGGGGGAGGGGGGGCGGCAUUUUUGGUGGAUGGUAUGAAGCCAGCCAUGGAAACUGCAGCGGAGGAAAAUGCAGAACAAAGCCAAGAGAAAAAAGUGAUCACCAGACCAGAAAUGGAAAUUGGCAGGUACCACUGGAUGUACAGGAGUUCAAGGCCACACCGGUACCAUCAUGUGCCAGCAUUGAGAGGCAAUAUUAGUCCUUUGGGGAUUCAAGGUUGCUUUGAAUGUUGCAUUAAGUGCCUAGGAGGAGUGCCAUAUGCUUCACUCGUGGCAACCAUUCUCUGCUUCUCGGGGGUAGCGUUGUUUUGUGGCUGCGGCCACGUGGCGCUCACGGGAACCGUGUCCAUCCUCGAGCAGCACUUCUCCACGACUGCCAGUGACCAUGCUUUGCUGAGUGAAGUAAUACAGCUAAUGCAGUAUGUAAUUUAUGGCAUUGCAUCGUUUUUCUUCCUAUAUGGCAUAAUCCUUUUGGCGGAAGGUUUUUAUACAACAAGUGCUGUGAAGGAGCUGCAUGGAGAGUUCAAAACAACAGCCUGUGGCCGCUGCAUCAGUGGAAUGUUUGUUUUCCUCACCUAUGUGCUUGGAGUGGCCUGGCUCGGGGUCUUCGGCUUCUCCGCUGUGCCUGUCUUUAUGUUCUAUAACAUCUGGUCAACUUGUGAAGUCAUCAAAUCUUUCCAGAGCAAUGUGACAGUUCCAGGGGACCAGAUCUGCGUGGACAUCAGGCAAUACGGUAUUAUUCCUUGGAAUGCUGUACCUGGCAAAGCCUGUGGCCCAAUUUUAGAGAACAUCUGCAACACGAAUGAGUUCUACAUGUCUUACCACCUGUUCAUUGUGGCUUGUGCUGGAGCUGGUGCCACUGUCAUAGCAUUGAUCCACUUCCUCAUGAUACUGUCUUCUAACUGGGCCUACUUAAAGGAUGCAAGCAAAAUGCAGGCCUACCAAGAUAUCAAAGCAAAAGAAGAGCAGGAGCUUCAGGAUAUCCAGUCUCGGUCAAAAGAGCAACUCAAUUCUUACACAUAAAUGUUUGCCACAAUAAUUCAGCAGAAGAGUUCCGUAGCUCUGACAAAUCAGCAAAUAGCUGCUCUGCAGUACAGAUGUGUGUCUAGCAAACGAAAUUAGAGAGAAGUGUAAAAGCUUCACAUUCCAGCUCCUGGAAAACUUUUUUAGGGAAAUCAUCCCAUUGGUAAUCUUCCAUCCUUUCUAAAAGAGAAUGGAGGGUUUAUUCCAGGCAUUUUAAAAGGCAACACUUUACAAAAAGUGACCAAAUUAUUCUUCUUUGAGACUUGGUGUUUAACAUUUGACUUGUUUUGGAGCAUGACGCCCUGCACAAGCCGGUGGCGGGUGCCCCGGCCGAGCAGGCAGUGAUCUGUGCAGACCUCAGGCAGUGCAGGGUGUGUGAGUGAGCACUCCCAAAGGAACCCGUGCCCAGCUGGCAUUCCUGAGAGAGAGGAGCUCCUGUGUUUGUGUGUGUGUGAUGGCACAGCUGCAGCAGCUCCCAGGUGGUGCAGGGGGGCUGUUUGGGAGCACCCACACCUGGGCCAUGGGAGCAGCUGCACUCCUGUGCCACACACUGCCACCACGAAGCAUCCCUGUGCUCACCUGAGGGGCGAGCAGAUCUCCCAAGUUCUAAUCCUUUUAUUAACUACUUAAUGGAAUGUAGACCCCUGGAUCUGGAUAAUGAUCCCCUUCUUUGAAAAUAAAUGUCAGCUUUGCCUUAAUAUUUAUUUUCUAUAAAUGUUGUAGCAUUUAUAUAGUGGCAGGAGACCAUUAUCCUACAUUUUAAGUAAGUGAAAGUGUUACCUUAUUAAAAUGACACUGAUCUGACAAUUCCAAAUGAGCGGAUGGGAAAGUUUGCAGAGUUUUACACAAACAAUAAAAUUUGCAGCCAUAAAAAUAAUACAGGAUGUCCACCUUUCUCUAUCUUGGUGCUUAGCAAAUUUAUAGUCAGUGCUUAUGUGUUUUCCUUUUUACAAAUUAAUUAGCACACUAAGAAAACGUGGUGUUCAGAAAAAAAACAACAAACAAACUGGUGCCAUUUUAAAGUCAUUUCCCAUAGAAGUCUGCCUUCUAAUUAAUGUUUUUUUUCAGAAGCAUUCAGUGAUAUCUUGAGUAUUAGUGAUGGUAUAUUUGGUGUUUGUUCUAUAUGAUAUAUAUAUAUAUAUAUAUAAAUGUUGGGGGGGAAAAGUAAAAAUACAUCAUUCAUUUGAAAAAAUUAAAUAUUCAAGUCAUACCCCUGCUAAGCUGACGUGUGGUUUGGUAGUUUUGACUGUUUGCUGAAUAUACAUCAAAGGAAGCACAAAUUCCUUCAAAUCAGUAUUAAGAGAAAAGGCAUUUUUUGGGGGGUAUUAACUUCAAAUAUAAUUUCUUUUGUUGACUAUUGAAGUCUAAUUUGACAGUUUCAAAAAAGGGGCAAAGUUGAUUGAUGUAGAGCAAAUAUGACAAAAUAGCCUAGUGUAUGUUCUUACCUGUUGCAUGAAGGAGACAUUUCUACAGCAAUGCAGGUGAUGUUCUAGCCCAGUGUUUGCAUAAGGGUAAUAAUGGAGGCAGUGUCUUAAAGCCUAAUUCUUUUCUAAUUCAGUGUAGCUAUUACUGGGAGUUUUUGAAGUUUUGUUUAAGUAGUCUAAUAUUUUUAUGUAAAGAGCAUUAAAUUUUGCUAUGUAUAAAUUUUUGUAACCUAACAGUGAAUCAAUAUUUUCUAUCAGUGCCAAGGGCUUCCUGUAGUUACAUCCAAGUGUUAAAAUAAAUAUUUGUAGAUAAUAGACAACACUUGUGUAUGCUUAUUUGAACCCAGACCUACAGCUACUCCAUGGCAGUGCAUCUCUAGGCUUUAUGUCUCUAUCUGAGGUGAAACACGUUCUGUUCCAGAGCUCCCUGCCCUCUUGCAUGGGCAGGGCAGCUCUGCAGUUGCAGCUGCAGCAGCAGCUGUGUGCAGCAUGCAGUAGUGGUAGUUGUUCCAGGCCAGCAUAAUGCAACAAGCACUACCCCACCCCAACAUCCAGAAAUUCUAAGUCACUCAAACAUUCUGUAAAGGCCAGAGUGGCUGCAAUAGCAAAUUAGCAGUAUGCAAAAUCAGAGUAACAACCACAGCACAUUUUAGCUCCAUUUCAAAAAGCAAAGUUUGUAUCUGUCACGGUUUUGGUACAUUGUGUUUAAACAUCCAGCAAAUUUAAGACAGAACUUUGGUUUUUUGCCCCUAAAUUCUGUCAAACUUGGCUUCAUGUUCUUGUAGUUAGGUCAAGAUGAGCAGCCUCAAAUGCAGUGCAAGUUGUAAUAUAUGCUGCCACCCAAACUUACUUCAUUGAUAAAAACUACUGUAUUUUAUACUGUAAAUAAAGUUUAAUGAUCUUGCCUAUAAUCUACCUACAAAAUACAAAGCUUAAAUAAAGAUGAGUUAAAUAGCA